AUGGUGAAGUUCGUUAUUCUUUGUGCCUUUGUUGCAGGGAUCUACGCUGACGUUAAAUGCACUUACCCUGCAACUGGAGAUGAAACCUUAGAAAAUGCUGUUCCAAUUGCCACGUUUCGCACAUCUGGAAGCGAUUUUGUCAGGCCAAGCUGGUGUAUUACCCACUGCAACGAUCGCAAAUCUAUCAAGGCAGAAAUGAACUUUCAGCCAAGCAACAGCAGUGCUCCUCGUUACACAGUGAAAAGCUACCGUAUGACGAAAGCAAAUAGAGUUUACACUGUAACAGACGCUAAGGGACAGAAACUGGACGACGACAAUUCGUUCUGCCUUGAUGACAGCGUUGCUGCAGCUGCGGACACCGUCUUUCAAAAUUAUACCGAUGUAGAAACAAUUUCCGAAGCCCUCAACUACUACAUCAAUAAGCCAGGAUGGGCUUACCUCGUUUACCAGGCAAGAACAUACGCAAAAAUAUUUCCUGACCGAACGACAAUGAGGCUUAUACUCUUGGUGCUUGCCUUGGUUGUGUAUCUCCGAGCAAAGUCCCUCAAGAUGCGCAUGCGAUCAUCUGGACUCCGAGCCAAAAUGAUUUCAAGCGGUCAGUACAGGCAGUAUCUUGUACAAAACCAGCAAAUGCGAAUAUUGAAUAUGCGGAAAAGAGAAUCAGAACGUAUACUGGACUUUGAUGAUGAGUUCUAUCUAGUGGAUGUGCAAGUAGGAACCCCGGGCCAAAACAUGAGCCUUGUGCUCGAUACGGGCUCGUCAGCCCUUUGGGUGAUAGACGAUGCUUGCAUAAGCGCUGCUUGUAAUGGAACUUGCCAUGGCGGACCUCCCAAACACAAAUUCAAAACUUCUGCAUCAAAAACGUUCAAGAAAGAAAAACGCGAAUUUGUGAUGGCGUUUUGCGAAGGCUACUUGGCUACAGACGUUGUAUCGUUUGCAGGUCUGACCAUUCGGGAGCAGGAGUUUGGCGUCGCUACAGGGAUUGCUCCUUUUUAUGGCGUUCAGCCAAUGGAUGGCUUCUUUGGACUUGGUUGGCCAGAUCUUGCCGAGGAAAAGGUUGUUCCGCUAAUGCAAAAUAUUCUUGAUCAGUUGGACAAGCCUUUAUUCACCAUAUGGUUGGAAAGAAAGAAAGUUUCUAAUAGCGGUAGUAAUGGCGGUAUGAUUACGUUCGGUGACUUCGAUCCAGAACAUUGCGUUGCUGAAGUUGACUAUGUGAAGCUGUCCUCGUUGACCUACUGGCAGUUUCCAAUGACAGGCUUUUCAGUGGGAACAUUCUCUCAGAGCAGGACUGAGCAGGCGAGUGAGAAAGAUGUUUGA